AUGUCAUCUUCGCAACGUAAGUUCUCUUUCAUUGUAUAGGUAACGUUAUUUUAGCACCAGUGCCUCCAUUUUUAAACCAAACUUCUGAUAAUGAACAACCAAAGUCGGAAUCGCCUCAGCCUGUGAAAUUGCUAUCUGUUGAGCCAAUUCAUCUGAAGUUUCGAUUGACCGAAGCACUCUCGAGUAAAGCUAACAUUCACAUUAGGUAAGGGGGGUCUGAGGAAGUUACAGCAGUCAGAAAGUUUAUUAUUGUGAAUAAAAUGUAUAUUUACAGUUUUUUUAUGUUUUCAGUAACAUCACGCAGAAGAGAGUCGCCUGGAGACUGCGAAGCAAUGCUCCGACCAGAUACGUUGUCAAUCCAGCGUGCGGAUUUUUGACUUCUGGAGAAGCAGUCAUCGUUUCAGUUGAGUUGACUAACACAAACAAGUACAAUCCUCGGCAGAAGUUCCUUGUUCAAGCGAUGGAAGCCAAGGACGAUGAGAAAGAUCGUCGAAGAGUUUGGGAGGCCGAAAGAGCUCAGAAUCUGGAGAAUCUUCACUGUGUCAGAGUCUACUCUGUAGCCGACAGCAAGAUCCAGAUUCCGACAAAGAGUUCUACAAGUGUGAGUACUGCUGAGUCCGCUAGUAAGACUUCUGUGUCCACGGGAGUGUCUUUCAGUCCUUCUGAAAGCGAGACUUCAGAAUCUUCGGCCGCUUCUACAGGGUCGAGUAAAAUGAGCGAGGUUUCUGGAACGAGUACUGCAUCAACUGAGUCGUUUGAUGAUCUGAUUCAACAAUUGACUGCUGAAGUUAAGCAAAACUUUGGUAAGGGCGAUAUAUUGUAAAUUAUUAUUACCACCGUGUGUUAUAGUAUAUUUUGUUACCUAAUUACACUUUUGUAACAUAAUAAAAUAAUUUGUUUCAGCUGUAAAGUCAGAAGCCUCUAAGAAGAUGAUUGAAGUGUUCAAUGAGGUAAAGAAAGCUGAAGUUGAGUUGGACAGGGUUGGAGUUCAAUGUAACCACUUGAACGCUCAAGUUAACACUCUGACUGCUCAAAUCACGGUAAGUCGAUUUUGAAUUAACUUUUUUUGAAAAUUAUAUUAUAUUUUUAAUAAUUUGGUCAAAAUAAUGUAGAAACACUACUUUUUGGGGAUUUGAGAAAUUUUUGACUGAAAUAUGUAACAAGACAUGAUUACUGUGUUACCACGUAAUGUAACUUUCAGGCCCUAAGCGAACGUUCGACUGAUCUGGAAGUGCAAAUAAAGUCCCUGAACACCAAGCUGUAA